UGAGGACAAGGUUUCUGACAGUGAGGAAAAGGUUCCUGGCGCUGACGACAAGGUUCCUGGCGUUGAGGACAAGAUUGCUGGCGGUGAGAACAAGGUUUCUGGCGGUGAGGACAAGGUUCCUGGCGCUGAGGACAAGGUUCCUGGCGGUGAGGACAAGAUUCCUGGCGGGGAGAACAAGGUUCCUGGCGGUGAGGACAAGGUUCCUGGCGGUGAGGACAAGAUUCCUGGCGGUGAGAACAAGGUUCCUGGCGGUGAGGACAAGGUUCCUGGCGGAGAGGACAAGGUUCUGGGGGUGAGACCAAGGUUUCUGGGGGUGAGACCAAGGUUUCUGGCGGUGAGGACAAGAUUCCUGGUGGUGAGGACAAGAUUCCUGGCUGUGAGAACAAGAUUCCUGGCUGUGAGAACAAGGUUCCUGGCGGUGAUGACAAGAUUCCUGGCGGUGAGGACAAGAUUCCUGGCGGUGAGAACAAGGUUCCUGGCGGUGAGGACAAGGUUCGUGGCGGUGAGGACAAGAUUCCUGGCGGGGAGAACAAGGUUCCUGGCGGUGAGGACAAGGAUCUGACGUUGAGUACAAGGUUCCUGCCGCUGAGAACAAGGUUCCUGGCGGUGAAACCAAGGUUUCUGACGCUGAGGACAAGGUUCCUGGCGGUGAGGACAAUGUUCCUGGCGCUGAGGACAAG